GUUUUUAUGCACUUUGUUUAUAAAUAUCUGUCUUGCCAUAAUUUUUUUUUCUUUUUUCUUACUUGAUGGGCCGGAUGCACGUUGUAAAUCUCUUGCCCUCGCCCACCUUCGCUCGUUGAGCCUGCCUGGUUUCCGUCAGUGCUGCAUGCAUUGAUCCCCCCUAUUGGUAUUGUUUAAUUUUUUUGUUUAUUUCGUUGUGGUAGAUCCCCGACAAAAACUCGGGCAUCACCACAAUAAACCGCAACGAUGUUGUGCAAGACGUGGUUUUCGUUCCUGCUUUUGGCAUCGUCCGAACCAGUGUCGGCCUUGUGGCCCGCACCCAGGAGUUAUAGCAAGGGUAAAACGGCACUCUUUAUUAAUCAACAGAUCCAGGUUACAUACAAUGGCCAGCCUAUGCCAUAUGUUUUCGGGUACGAGCCCACAAGCAUAGACAGCAAAGAGAUUGUGAAGGGAGGUGUAUCUCGGUCUUUGGGCUCCAUCUUCAAGAGGAACCUUGUACCGUGGAAGCUCACAACCAAGAACAAGAUUGAUGAGUUCGAACCGCCACUGGGCCGCAAUUCGACAUCCGUCACAUCGCUUGCCAUCACUCAGGCCAACAAAGACCAGCCAAAGACCUUCAAGGCACUUGCGGGAGAGGUUGAUGAGUCCUACACGUUGACUAUCGACAAAGAGGGACAUGCGAAGCUCUCAGCCAACUCAUCCAUCGGUGCCUUGCGUGGUCUCGAGACUUUCUCGCAGCUGUUUUACCAGCACUCGACCGGCACGUGUUGGUACACGCCUUAUGCGCCCGUGUCGAUCAAGGAUGAGCCCCAGUACCCUCACCGUGGCAUCUUGUUCGACACGGCCCGCCAGUGGUAUCCCGUUGUGAACCUGCUGCGCACCAUCGACGCCAUGUCAUGGAACAAGAUGAACCGGCUGCACGUGCACGUAACCGACUCUCAAUCCUGGCCUCUGGACCUCCCGUCUAUGCCCGAGGUGGCACGUGAGGGUGCCCACAGGCGCGACCUAAUCUACACGGCCGAUGAUAUCCGCCGCGUGCAGGAGUACGGGGUGCACCGGGGAGUGCAGGUCUACUUCGAGAUCGACAUGCCGGGUCACAUCGGGUCCCUGUACCACUCUCACCCGGAGCUCAUCGUCGCCUACAACGAGCAGCCGUACUACUACUACUGUGCUCAGCCCCCCUGUGGUGCCUUCAAGCUCAACGACACCCGCGUCGACGCCUUCCUCGAGAAGCUGUUUGACGACGUCCUCCCCCGCGUGCACCCAUACGCGGCUUACUUUCACACCGGCGGCGACGAGCUCAACGCCAACGACUCGAUGCUUGACGAGAACAUUCGCUCCAACAAGAGCGAGGUGCUGCAGCCGCUUCUCCAAAAGUUCAUUGACAAGCAGCACGAGCGAGUGCGCAGCUACGACCUUACGCCCGUGGUCUGGGAGGAGAUUCCUCUCGACUGGAACGUGACGCUUGGGAAAGACGUCCCUGUGCAGUCGUGGCUCGGCAACGCUCAGAAGCUCGCCGCGGCAGGCCACAAGGUCAUUGACAGCAACUACAACUUUUGGUACCUGGAUUGCGGCCGCGGCCAAUGGAUCAACAUGGACAACGGCGCCGCCUACAACCAGUUCUACCCUUUCAAUGACUGGUGCGGCCCGACAAAGUCGUGGCAGCUCGUCUACUCGUACGAUCCCAGGGCGGGCCUGAGCGAGGAGGACGCCAAGCUCGUGCUGGGCGGCGAGGUGGCCAUUUGGAGCGAGACGAUAGACGAGCAGACGAUCGACUCCAUCCUCUGGCCGCGGGCCAACGCGGCGGGCGAGGUGCUCUGGUCCGGCAGGAUCGACCCGGCGACGGGCCAGAACAGGAGUCAGCUCGAGGCCAUCCCCCGGCUGAGCGAGAUGAGGGAGCGUCUGGUGGCUCGAGGCGUCCGCCCCGCGGCGCUGACGCAGCUCUGGUGCACGCAAGCCGAUCCGGUCGAGUGCUCGUACCCUCUGUAGGGGUUGAGGGUAGUAGGCGGGUGAUUAGGUUGGUGUGGGGAGGGGGACAAAAGAAAAAGGGAAAAUAAAAAGAUGAACAAGAAAAAGAAAUCGGCGAUGGAAGAAAAAGAGGAAGAGAGACUCUAGUCGCCGUUUUUCAAUCAGCUUGUAGCGGAUAUCAUCUGUCGUUAUUUGAAUAUUCCCCGUUUUCCUAGAUAUGGCUAUGAGUUUUGUCCGAUACUUUUUUGGGGGGUUUUUUAUUCAAAGCAGUAAGCAGUAAUACUUGAACAUAAGAGCCACAGCCAUAGCCAUGUUUCGCUGUUUGGCUAUUGUCUUGUAAAUAUGAAUAGCUGCAGCGCCAGGCGAGCGUUCGCAAAUAGUCGUCCGAGAGUAUCAUGUUCUUUUGUAAACACGUAUUUGGGCACCUUGUUUGAGGUUUUUUUUUUCGGACAGGUUUAGGUACUACAUAUGUCAAUCAGGCCAUGUGUCGAACAGGUCGGACCUCAACCCACGAAAGUACGAAAUUAUGAACUAACGUGACCUCUCGAAUGAGAUGUAUACCUGCAUUGCACAUUGAAACAGGACAGGGUCUUGACUUGAUGAUGUUCUGAAUGUGGGGGAUGAAAAUAUUCCUGCAGUCAUAACAAUUCGGCUCGCCCAGUAAUUAUGGCCUCUCGAACAUCUGCCGCUAUCCCUAUGUAGUAAGUAUAUAUCUAAAACUAGAUGGUUUAGGGAAAUAGUAUACAUGGAUGGUAAGCAUUGCAGUUUCGUUUCUUGUUUACUUACAACCGGAAUCAGACUGUAGAAGCUCGGCGUCUACUGUUGGUGCGUGCCACAUUACUAUUAGCUUCCUUCAACAUGGACAUGGACGAUCCUCAAGCAUCUCAUAUGUCACGGAUCUUACAUGGCUCAUC